AUCGGCGAUCGGCUCCAUAGAGUACAUCACUGCGAGAGCGUAAUACAGCCAUCCAGAUCUCUACAGAAGUUCUCUACAAUGGCCCACUUACCAGUUAUAGUUUUUCUCUUUGUCUUGGAAUGUAUAGCCGCAAAAUACGUUUUACCAGAUGUUCCAUGGUACGCACACGACAUUCCCCAGACGGAAUUUGGUGAGGGCGAAGUGUUCCCAUCUGCCAACUCAGAAAAGCUUAUAACAGCGCAAACAUCGAUGGCUGAGAUAAAACGAUUGUUCGAAAGUGUAGAGCAGAUGUCUGUCCGAUCGGACGAGUCUACAGAUGAAUCUGAGGGUCCAAGGGCUUGGUACAAACCACAGCAGGACGAGACACUUCAUGAUGAAAGGAAGUGCAUCGACGAGUUUCCCGACUGUCAACAGUAUGCGGACAACUAUAUGUGCUAUGAAAAAGUGUACGAAGCAUGGAUGCAACGGAGGUGCAGGAAAACUUGCAAAUUCUGCAAGGAAAACUGCUGGGAAACUCAGUAUGGUUGUUGUCCAGAUCAAAAAACUGCUGCUGAGGGGCCUUUACAGGCCGGUUGUGGAGUUAAGUUGUGCAUCGACCUGAGGGACUGUAACAAAUAUAAAGACGAAUGUGACGACGAUUCCAUAUCCAGUUACAGAAAGAAAUUUCUCAGAAAUAACUGCGCUUACACUUGCAGGCGAUGCAAGGCACCGAGUCCUACCGCAGAUUGUGAGGCUCGCAAUUCAAGGUAUGGAUGUUGUUGGAAUGGACAAGAAGCAUUGGGUCCGCAUGAAAAAGGAUGCUUACCUUGUGAGGACACCUAUCCACGAGCUUGUCGGCUGUUUAAGACCUGCAAUUCUCCGUUCUACAACGCUAGAACCUUUGGAGAAACUCACUGUCCGAAGAAAUGUGGAAAGUGUGGAAAGUGCUUUGAUGAAAGAAUGACCUCCAAUUGCGAGAACUGGGCAGGAAGAGGCUUGUGUACGGGUAUAAGGGGAUGGAAAGCUUAUAUGGAAGAGAACUGUAGAAAGACAUGUGGUUUCUGCAAAUCCAGCGAAAGUGCUGUUAGUGUGAGGACCCUCCUUGGGAUAUGACUAGGGUGAUUGGGACUCUCUACUUGCUACAAAGAAAUAAAGCUUUUGUUUGUAAUCAACUCUACAAAAAAGAUUCAGUUUAGAAACUAAAAAGAAACAUCUUCGUAAUAGAUUUGUAAAAAACUUGCUUGUAGAUAGUUGCUAUAGAUUGUUGUGUAGUUGCCAACUGUCUGAGGCGCCGGCAGUGAAAGCGUCUCAAAUCGUUACAAUUCCAAAGAUAUGAAUUUGAGGGUAUUAUCGAAUGUUGCUGUUUGUCUUGUGUUAAAACUGUAAAAAAAAAACAUAUAAUACACAUGUAGGAAAGGCAAUCAAAUGAGAAAACGCGUUACCUUUAUGUAAAGCGCUUAGGGGUGCGAGCAGUCAAAGAGCUCUCCUUUUUUUCCUAUGUCACUGCCUUUGCCCGCACUUUAUCGUGUUCCGUAACACCAGAACGAAACUCACGCGACGACUUAUUACAACAAAAGAAAAUAUAAUAUCGAUCCACGAAAAAGAAAAAAAUCAAGUAACAGGUUUGCUAAAACCAUUUUUGAGAAACCGGAUUGUGAUACAAGGUAUCCGGUACAAUGUCAUGCUUCCAGGCUGAAAAUUUCAGAGUGGACGGUGAAAUGCGCCGGUUGCUGGCUCCAUUUUGACAAUCUUUCCAAGCCUAUAACUUCGAUUUUAAUCCUUUACACCCUUACAUCAGUAUGCACCUUCUCCAAACUUUUUUUGAAUUGUCAUGAAAGGAGAAUUCUCUUAACAGUCAACAGCUUCUUUAGUUGGUGAUCAUUUUCUUUAUUCUCGUGACCGUCAUGUUUGAUUCAGGGCCGAUAUUGUAAGGAGGAACAAGAUGCUAGUCACUCUGAGGGGUUAAAAGGGUUAAUAGUUAAAAAAUGCGCGUGAUGGAGUGGCGAUUGGGUUUAUUCUUAAAGUGAUCGGUUAAGAGAGUAGCGCCAAUUACAUGGAGAAAACGCAACAUCGACGCAAUCCUAGGUUAUCUCUGAUAGUCAGUUUCAAUUUUUGAUAAUCGAUUAAAAUU